AUGGCUCCUAGGAAGCGCCCCGGGGGGCCUCACGCCCCAACCUCUCGGUGGGAGGUCGGACAUGUGUUGCGAAAGCGGUACGAACGAUCAAAAGUAGUCUUCUGGCUUGUCGAUAAAGCGCUAGACGAUGUGCGAGACGUGGGCAUUCGAGAGAAAGAGGAACGCAACCGUGACAUGUUCAUGGCUGUUCUUCGCAAGCAAGGGUUCUUGCCGGUUCUGGUGGAGUUCUUUGCCUCCUAUCUUGUCGGUCGCUCCACAGUCUACUGCUGGAACACCGUCCAAUCCGACUUGCGGUCUGCAGAUGUGGGUGUCAGGCAGGGCUCAGCUCUCUCACCUGUUAUUUCUGGGCUGUUCAUUGCUCCGGUAAUGAAGCUCUUCUACAUCAAAGCGGCGCCGCUCAACACAACGCUACUCUCCUUUGUGGAUGAUGGGACCAUUUUAGCCCAGUCCAAACAACUCGAUGAUAAUAAUGUGGGCCUGCACGCCUACAAUCCCUCGCUGGAUCUGGGGUAUGCCCCACAUACCGGUGCUACAUCUUUGAAGCCCAAGACCUAUUGGAGGUACUUGGGCUUCUACUUUGACCGCGGACUCACAUUUCAUGAGCACGUUCGCUACUACGCCACCAAGGCGUUCACCACAGUGCAGGCCAUGCGCAUGCUCGGCAACUCUACUAGAGGUCUUUCACCUAAACAGCGCCACCUCUUAUAUCAGUCAUGUGUAGUUCCCAUUGCCACAUACGGCUAUCGUCUCUGGUAUUUCGAUGGCGCCUGCAAUAAGGGCGCGAUGAACCAGUUGAAACGGAUGCAGCAAAAAGCUGCUCUAUGGAUUAUGGGUGCCUUCCGCACCUCCCCCACAGGCAGUCUUGAGGCUCUAGCGGGUCUCAUCCCCGUCCACCUUAUGCUGAAGAAGCUGGCAACGCACGCAGUGUAUCGCGUCGCCACCCUCUCAGACACCCACCCUCUUCGCUCCAUGAUGGGCGAGGGACUCCUCAAGCGAGCCGCACCACAUGCUCGCUCCGCCGCCUUGAUGACCCCAGCUAUGCGAGGGAAAGUCAAGAGCACUGUCAUGGAAGUGGAUGAGCACGUCCACACCUUAACUGAGAGCUUUGAACCUUUUGCGCCUGAAGCUCGCCCAGGCGAUAUGCGGACCAUCUCCACUUUGACGAGCGUGAUCCUGCCCAGCAUAGGCGCCCAUAUCUAG